AUGUCAACAAAAUCGGCUCUGAAGGCAGUGCGCAUUGCGCUGGACUCCAGGGAUUUCGAAGAUGCUGCCGAAAAAGCCAAAGCGGUGGUGAAGCAAGAGCCUCAAAACUAUCAUGCGAACGUCUUUCUGGGUCUAGCGCUGGAUAAAUUAAACAAAAAUGAAGAAUCCGAGCGCGCAUAUCUCGCAGCAACUCGUGCAAAAUCCGACGACAAGACAGCGUGGCAGGGAUUGAUCAAUCUCUACGAGAAACAGGGAGGCUUUAAGCUAGAUGCUUAUCAUGAGGCAGCUCUGAGACUUGGUCAGAUAUUUGCCGAAGUCGAUGACAAGCACCGUUGCCAGGAUGUGGUGGAUAAAUAUAUCAAGUUCGCGAAGAAGCAGGGCACUCGAUCGCAAUAUAAAAAAGCCCUCGCCCUACAGCUCCCAACGAAUCCGCUUUAUAGCUACCUCGAAGGACGGAUACCGCAUCCUUCCCACACAUACCUCCGCCUCAUAGAAAUGACGGAAUCGGAGGAAAAGGAAUUUAUUAAUAGAGAAAUUGGAGAGCGAAGGACCCGGCUCGGUGCGAGAAUCGAUCAUGUGACCAUGGAGGUGAAAAGAGAGGCUUUCAAACGGGGCGAGCUUGAGCAGCUAUACCGUGGGAUAGUGGAUUGGUCCCAUGAUGACCAAGUUCGACGUACCUACGAAGAAAAGCUUCUACAGCGAGCUUAUGAAGUACUUGUCGUUCUCCCGCCCGCCGAAAAGGCUGAAAAGCGCGCUGAGGUCUUGCAAGCUGCUCGCGGCAUGGUCAUCAUUAAACACCCUUUUGAGCUGGCCUGGAAGAUUAUACUCGAGUGGCACGACAUUCAAAGCUUCUCGGAGUGGGACCUCAAUUUCCUAAAGGACUUUAUCGAGUUCUUCCCAGAAGAUGGUCUUACGAAGAUUCUGAAAGGCUUCUUAGCCAGUGACCUCUCCCCCUUCCCGAAAGAGACGAAGGAGACGAAGGAAUCUACACCCACUGAGGAAGAGACCGAAAAUGGAAACGGCGAUAAUCACGAGCUGGAUGUACAGGAUCGCUUGUUAAUGAUGGUGGAAGGCCUCGAAGCAUCUCGCUCCUCAGUCGUCGCAAAUCGCAUCAUGGGUGAGCUUUAUUUGUCACUGGAAGAAUACGAUAGCGUUGUGGAUGUUGCACGGAAGGGUCUCUCAAAUAUCACAGAUCUCGCCAGGCUGACUGGGGUAGGCCUGGUCAACACUACUGACUGCCUAAAAACUCUACUGGCGAAUUCUUUGAUCUACUACCAGAUCCCUCGGCAUCACCCCGAAGCUAAAGAAAUCUUCGAAGAGAUUUUGCAGAGAAAACCAACAUCCACAGCCUCUCUGCUGGGCAUUGGAUUGAUUCUCAAGGUCGACGAGGACUAUGCUGAAGCUGUCAACUUCUUGGAGCGUGCUCUAGAGCGUGACCCGUCUAACCUUAAAAUCAGAGGUGAGCUUUCGUGGUGUAAGGCCCUCAAUGGGGACCUUGAGACUGGUCUGCACGGCCUUCGGGAUGUGUUCGCUGAAUUACAAGACACGGAGUCGCCAAAUCGUGAUUUUAAGAGUGAGAUCCUUUACCGCAUAGGUUACUGCCAAUGGGAGCUCGAUCCAUCGCCAACUGCGCGCAAGGAUCGCAAUGGUGCUUAUGCCAGUUUUCUUGGAUCCAUUCAAUCCAACAUCAACUUUGCCCCUGCAUACACGAGCUUGGGUAUCUACUAUGCGGACUACAAAAAGGACAAAACACGAGCACGCAGGUGCUUCCACAAGGCGUUCGAAUUAUCCGCGUCCGAAAUCGAAGCCGCUGAACGGCUCGCGAGGACAUUCGCGGACCAAAAGGAAUGGGAUUUGGUUGAAGCCGUGGCUCAGCGCGUCGUUGAUUCGGGCAAAGCAAAGCCUUCACCGGGCUCAAAGAGAAGGGGCUAUAGCUGGCCAUAUGCCGCUUUGGGUACUGUUCAAAUGAACAAGCAGCAGUAUGCCCAAAGCAUUGUCUCGUUUCAAUCAGCUCUGAGAAUCUCGCCAGGCGACUACCACUCGUGGGUUGGCCUUGGAGAAAGCUACCAUCACUCUGGAAGAUAUAUUGCCUCUGCGAAAGCUUUCGAUCAUGCUCAGCAAUUGGAAUCAGCUCUUUCACCCGAUGAAAGAGAGCAUAUUUGGUUCGCAAGGUACAUGCUCGCAAAUGUAAAACGGGAGCUCGGUGAAUUUGAAGACGCCAUCUCACGCUAUGAGGAUGUUUUGAAAUUCCGACCGAAUGAGCUUGGGGUGACCAUUGCGUUGCUUCAGACUCUCACCGAAAGUUCGUGGAAGAGCCUCGAAUUAGGCUUGUACAAUGACUCUGUCGAACUGGCGCGUAAGGCUAUAGUUGUCGCGGCAUCGCUUGCGAAGGAACGUGUGGGCAUUUUCAAUCUGUGGAAGGCCGUCGGCGACGCCUGCUCUAUGUUCACUUACGUCAAAGGAAAGGCGAGCAAAUUCCCAGUUCAGGAAGUGAAGGCGCUGCUUACAACUCAAGUUGAGCCCUCGGCUUUCGAUAUAUUUGCCGAAAUAGACGAGCUUGGCCAAAGCUGUCUGUCGCUUUUCGAUGAGGUUAGUGACACUGUCAGUCCGUCAGAUAAGUGUAUAUAUGCCUCUAUUCUUGCAUACAAGAGAGCUAUUCACGUUUCGGCGCAAGAUAUACAUGCUCAAGCAGUUGCCUGGUACAAUCUGGGAUGGGCAGAAUACAGGGCUCUCAGAUGCGUGCAGGUGCACUCUGGCAGCAAGGGCAAGAAGCCGACACGCCGGUUCCUGAAGACAGCAAUGCGCUGCUUCAAGAGAGCGAUUGAAUUGGAAGCCGGCAAUUCGGAGUUUUGGAACGCCCUGGGUGUGGCAACUACAAAUAUGAGCCCGAAGGUUGCCCAACAUGCUUUUGUGAGGAGUUUACAUUUGAACGAGAGAAGCGCACAAGUUUGGACUAACUUAGGAACGCUUUACCUCAUUCACAAUGAUAUCCAACUCGCCAAUGAAGCUUUCACGCGCGCGCAAUCCACCGAUCCGGACUACUCUCUGGCGUGGGUUGGCCAAGGGUUCCUGGCUUUGCUAUUUGGGGACCCACAUGAAGCAAGAGGUCUUUUUGAGCAUGCCUUCGACAUCUCCAACUCCUCAACCACGUUACCGAGACGCCAGUACACGCUCACCUUGUUCGACCGCCUCAUCUCAGACUCUUCUGCAUCGAAUGAGAUAUCACAACUCAUUCAGCCAUUUUUCGCGCUCCUGCAACUUUCCUCUCAAGACCCGUCCAAUUUACAGUUUAUGCAUCUUACCGCGCUCAUGGCCGAGAGAAUUGGCGAGCUUUCAGAUGCGGAGGCUAGCUUGCACGUCGUAUGUUCUGGUGUCGAGGCGGAAUAUGAGGUGUCUGAAUCGACCUCGUCGCUCUCUAGAUACGCACAGUCGAAUGCAGAUAUGGCUCGUGUUCUUCUUGCACGCCAAGAAUUUGAGCAAGCAGUAGAGAAAGCGGAAAUGGCGCUUACCCUAUCUGGUGAAGAAGACGCAGAGAAAUCCGACCCGGAGGCAAACAGAAAACUACGUCUGUCAGCUCAUCUGACUGCUGGAUUGGCGCAAUAUUACUUGAAGUCAAUGGACAACGCGAUUGACAUGUUCCGAGACGCCCUGCAAGAGGCAGAUAAUGCACCGGAGGUAGUAUGUCUCCUAGCACAGGUUCUGUGGGCCAAGGGUGGUGAUGAGGAGCGGACCGUGGCUCGCCAGCAGCUGUUUGACUGUGUUGAAGAACACCCUGACCAUGUUGGAGCGGUAUCGCUCUUGGGAACUAUUGCGCUACUAGAUGACGACAAGGACGUCAUUGAAGCAGUUGCUUCAGAUCUUCAGAACAUGAUCACAAGAGAUGACAUUGAUAUCCACGACCGGACUAGGUUGACUAAGCUGUUGACAGCGAUCUCUACUUUGGGCUUGACUGAGGACUCCCAAAUUCCAGAGGACCUCAGACGCCUUGGAGAGGCUACAGCUGCCGUCAUGAGGUUGCCAGGUCAGCCACAAGGCUGGCAGGAGCUAGCAGCAGCAUCUCAGGAACUGUAUCCCGCGGAGAUGGCUGUUGACAGAGCACUGCGAAGCGUUCCACCACGGAGCAAUCUCGAUGCUGUCGACCUCUGUGACGCGUAUGCACAGACUGGCAAGGCAGGUGAUGCGAUCAAGGCGAUUAUGGUCGCACCAUGGAAGCAAAGUGGCUGGGAAGAGCUCAAGCAUGCUGUGUCAGGAUUAGUCUAA